AUGCUUGAUUGGGGAAAUCCGGCUGUCCUUAUUGCUCCAGCGAGGGCUGUUCCCGCACCAGUGGCAUCGCCACCGCCUGCUAUGCCCCAUGCCAAUUACGACUCGCUAACUUCAAUGAUACCUCCAAACUUGUGGAGCCUUAAGGAUCUAUUGGGUUUGAAUUUGUCGACAAAAUCUCUCAAUGGUAAUCUACCAUUAGAUAUCGGGAAUUUGAAGGUCAUAACACAAUUAGACUUGUCAUGGAACCAGUUAUCAGGUGAUAUCCCCAGCACCAUUGGAGCUGCUCAAUCAUUAGUUAAUUUCUCCUUCGCACACAAUAAACUACAAGGGUAUAUUCCUCAAUCAUUGGGCAACUUAAUAAGAGAAAUUCCAACUGGAGGACAUUUCGUGAACUUUACAGCUCAAUCAUUUAUGCAUAAUGGCGCACUUUGCGGCCAAGCCCAAUUACAAGUCCCACUGUGCAAAACCAAUAAGCACCAACGAUCAAGGUUGAAGAUUGUGCCUCUCCUGAAAUAUAUUUUACCUCCCGUUGCAUCAACAAUUCUUGUGAUGGCUCUCUUAUUUGUGUUGGUCCAACGUCGAAAACAAAAGGUUAGAUUACCAACAAAUGCAGAUUUAUCACCUCCGACAUUGAGAAGAAUUUUAUACCAAGAGCUUUUACAAGCGACAGAUGCAUUUAGUGAAGCCAACUUGCUCAGCAUUGGAAGUUUUGGUUCAGUUUAUAAAGGAAUGCUUUCAGAUGGGAUGAAUAUUGCAGUAAAGGUUUUCAAUUCGCAAUUAGAAAGAGCAUUCGACAGUUUUGAUGUCGAAUGUAAAGUGAUAUGCAAUAGUCGCCAUCGAAAUCUUAUAAGAAUCAUCAGCAGUUGCACUAACUUGGAUUUUAGAGCUUUAGUACUAGAGUACAUGCCUAAUGGGAGCCUUGACAAGUGGUUGUAUUCUCACAACUAUUGCUUGGAUAUCGUGCAAAGACUAAACAUAAUGAUAGAUGUUGCAUCAGCCUUGGAAUAUCUACAUCAUGAUCAAGUGACACCCAUUGUUCACUGCGAUUGA